AAGCAGCAGCGACUCCGCGGCGGGUGCGAGAUGCGCUCAGAGAAGGAGGGAGUGGGAGGCUCCGGGGUGGCCGUUGCUGCGCGGGACCUGAGCGGGAGAGAAAAGCUGUCGGCUGGGGAAGUCCAGUUCCGCCGGGAGUCGCCGCGGCGAGAACCAGAGGUGCCACCAGCCUCGUCCUUCGGCUCUGGGGGCGGUACAGGCAAACCUCGCGAGGAGAAGACGACGGUUCUGAGCAAGGUGGUGAUCCGGCGGCUUCCUCCCAGCCUCACCAAGGAGCAGCUGGAGGAGCAGCUGCACCCGCUGCCCGCGCACGACUACUUUGAGUUCUUUACCGCCGACUUGAGUCUUUAUCCUCAUCUUUAUUCAAGAGCAUACAUUAAUUUUAGAAAUCCUGAUGACAUCCUUCUUUUUAGAGAUCGUUUUGAUGGCUAUAUCUUCAUUGACAGUAAAGGCCUAGAAUAUCCUGCAGUGGUAGAGUUUGCCCCAUUCCAGAAGAUAGCCAAAAAGAAACUAAAGAAAAAAGAUGCCAAAACUGGAAGCAUUGAAGACGAUCCAGAAUAUAAGAAGUUUUUGGAAACUUACUGUGUGGAGGAAGAGAAACCUAAUGCCAAUCCCGAAACUCUUUUGGGAGACAUAGAGGCAAAGACAAGAGAACUUAUUGCUAGAAGAACCACACCUCUUUUGGAAUAUAUUAGAAAUAGAAAAUUAGAGAAGCAGAGGAUUCGAGAAGAGAAGCGAGAAGAGCGAAGGAGGAGGGAGCUGGAGAAGAAGCGUUUACGGGAAGAAGAAAAAAGAAAGAAGAGAGAAGAGGAGAGGUGUAAGAGGAAAGAGGCAGACAGACAGAAGAGAGCUGCUGAGAGAGAAGUAAGGAUUAAGCUUCUUAAGAAACCAGAAAAGGGGGAGGAACCAACUGAGAAGCCAAAAGAAAGAGGAGAGGAAGUGGAUCUUGGAGAUGGAAAACGGGAGCCCUGUGCUAGCUGUGCUGUCCUGAAGCCCACGCCCUUGGAGGGCUUGCUGGAGGAGCCCAGGGAAAAGUCGCAGAAUGACAGUGAUAAAGAGAAAAGGGAGAUGGAGAGAAGAUUUCGAGAAAAAGAGCCUGAAACACAAAGAUGCCACAUGGAUGACAGCAGAAAGCACAGAGCUCACUGUGAGUUUGACAAGUUUUCAAGGAGAAAAGAAGAAGAGCUGAAAUGGGGGAAAGGAGUCCCCUCAGACAGAGGGAAGAAGGGGAGCCAGGACAGUGGCAUCCCUGUGGAGGCAGCAGAGUGGCCUGGGAGAGAGAACAGGAGUGAAAGCGGCCCAGCACCCAAAGCGGAGCGCCCAGGAAACAAGGAUCGGCCGGUCUUGCAGCUGUAUCAGCCAGGAGCUCGCAUCCGAGCUCGAGAAACUGCCGGGGGGAUCUCUGUGGAGGGCCGUGAUGGAAGCAGGGGUGAGGCUGAAGAUUCAGGACGGUCCGGUUCCCAGCAGAGUGAAGAGGCAGGGUGAGUCAGCGUGCACGUUUGACGGGAAGCUCCCAUUCAGCAUUUUGUGGGUUAGAGAGGGUGUUCCAGAAAUGUAUCAAUUAGCCUAGAGUAUAACCUGCAAGGUGCAUUUACUCCUUUUAAAGAAAUCAGAAACUAGAAAUAUACGUGUGUCAUAGAAACAUCUAGAAACCAUUCUUAAGAAGCAGCCUGUUAAAAAAUUGAAAAGUUGUCAUAGAUUUUACUGUUUUUAGUAUAAACUAGUAUAUACUGUUUAGCCAAAACAGAACAAGUAAUCUCUUUGAAAAGUAGAAACAUGAUUGAAACAGGGAAGAAAAUUAGUAUUAUACCAGUGUGGACUCUGAAGCACUUUGAAACAUGUUGUAGGAAUAACCUGUACUUUGAGUCCUACACGUGUGAGUAGGUGAUCUUUCGGGAUUUGGAUCACGCAGGUGUAUGAGCUGUAGUUUAAAAGAGGGAAGGGAGCAGCUCUCAUGCCAUUAUAAGCUGGUGAUCCAGACACCUGUGCUCUCGUGAGCAUUCUGACAUCUCUGUGCUGCCAGCUGCUAGGACGGGAGCUUACCACUGUGGCAAGUUCUACAGCUUUAAGUAUUGCCCCUUCAGCAGUUGGCCACUGACUUUUUUCCCAGUCUUUUGAUGGAUGCGCUGCUCAUGGUGUAUAACCACUGUUACGUAAGGGCUGCAGAGAUAACAUAAGGGCAUCAUUUGGGGACAGGGAUAACAGGUACAGCAUCGGGGGUUUUCCUUUUUGCAUUCUGAGGCGGUUUUAUUUUUCAAGGACUUAAUGGAGCAUUCUGUAAUUAUGCAUUCACAGUAUUUUUUAAUGUUAGUGAAAUUGUUAAACAUUAAUGUAUUUUUGGCACUAUGCUUUGGACCACAUAUUAAAUAAUUUUAGUUGCUGUGGAUUUGAAGUCCAGGUUAUGGUACUUUUCCUAUAUGAAAUUUUACAUAAUAAAAUAUUGCUUUUCAAAAUGUAGCUUUA